AUGAAGCUGGGCGGGUUCGCGCUCAAGAAGGGCCGGAAGAAGGCGCUCGUGGCGUCCGCGGGCUUCUCGGCCGCCGCGCCGACCGCCCCGCAGGAGCCCGAGAGGGUCUUCGUCACGGACUUCGACCCGAACGCGCCCGCGGAGCUGACGGCGGACGGGCAGAAGCCGCUCGUGAUCCCGUUACUGGAGACCAACGCCUGGCAGCAGCGGAACCAGCAGAAGGAGGGGGAGGAGGAGGAGGAGGAGGAGGAGGAAGACCCAAAGCGCGCGGAGAAGGACCCAAAUGGCGGUGGAAUAGGCCCGGCCAGCGGCGACGCGCCCUCGGCCGACGAGCAGGCGGCGGCCCAGCUCGUGGUCGAGGCGCAGAAGACCGCCAGCGCCACGCCGGACGAGCGCGCGCAGCUCCGGGACCUGGUGAUCCCCGUGGCCGACGCGAGGGAGCAGAAGCGCGCCGAGCUGUUCCAGGACGGCGACAAGCGGCCCAAAAGCGACCAGAAGAAGCCCAUUCUGCAGCAGAACGCCGUGCCCGGGCUCGACGCGCUGCAGGACGUGACGGACAAGUACCGGCACGACGUGGCGCUGCGGCCCGAGGCCCCGGACGUGCACAGCGACACGUACGAGUCGGUGCCCGUGGAGGCCUUCGGGGCGGCGCUGCUGCGCGGCAUGGGCUGGACGGGCGACGUGGACCCGGACGACAUGGGCGCGGCCCCGCAGCCGCGGCACAAACUGCUGGGCCUCGGGGCCACCAAGCGCCCCACGCUGCCGGGCGAAGACAAGAAGAAGCGGAAGAAGAGGCGCGACGACGCUAAGGACAAGGACAAGGAGAAGGACAAGGACAAGGAGAGACGCUCUGGUCUCAAUGCGGACCACAGGCCCCGCGACGAGCGGAGGGACGACGACAGGGACCGACGCAGGACAGGAGGCGCAGUCGAAGCCGCGGUCGGUCGGACCGAAGGAAGCGCAGCCGAAGUCGGAGUCGCAGCCGAGAGGGCGACAGAGAUCGUCGACGUGAUCGCCAUAGCCGCUCGGACCGACACAGCCGACGCUAACAACUGA